AAAUUUUAGGAUAUUAAACCACAAUGAGAUUAUCUGCUCUCAAAUUUUGUGCAAUGAUCACUCAGACAACUCAUAAAGUAAAUAGAAGGAAUUUGUUCCGAAUAUGUGGUACAAUUGUGAUUGCAGAAAUAAUGCUUGCAGUGUACGUUGAGGAGUUUGCUCUGCCAACUCCGGAUAUGGUAUACGAUUUUCAUAUGAAAUUUUCUCGAGAAUUUGCUGAUUUCGCGAUGGGUAACAAAUAUUGCGCUGGAGCUUUCCGUCAUGUUGGUGAUAAGCAAAGAAGCAAAAUUAAUUAAAUUUUCAAUUGUGCUAUUUACAUUCCUUUUCAAUUGUGAGACGCUUCCUACUCUAAACUGAUUGUUUAUAAAGCAUCAGAGUCCAGUGUAAAAAAGAAAAAAGAAAUAAUGUAGUGAAAGUGCAGAUGGAUGGUAUAAGUACAGUAGGGUAUGUGGCUAUUAUAACUAUGAAAGUGAUGUAUAUAUAAGAAAGCAUGUCACCACGCAAAAAAUUACACUUUUUCAUUUAAGUAAAAAAUGUCCAAGAAUGAACGACG